AUGCCUUCCAAUACCGACUACCAUAUUAACCGGGAGUUCAGGAUGGGCGGGGCUGCGAAUUCGCUGGCCACUGCUCCUGCCACGCCGCGAAUGAUGGGAAAGCGGAGUAAUCACGGAAGCUCUUCAAGCCAUGGAAACGACACCACUUCGAAGCUCAUGCCAGCUGUAGACGUCUCAAACACAUCCCAUAGUGGGUUGAAAGGAAGCGGAACUGGCCAGGAAAGCUCGAAUGUGGCUGCCAAGCAAUUUCACCGCAAAAGUCUCGGAGAUUGGGACUUUCUCGAAACCGUCGGAGCAGGAUCGAUGGGCAAGGUAAAACUUGCCAGACACCGUGCUACGCACGAAUUGUGUGCCAUCAAGAUCGUCAAUCGCGCCACCAAGGCUUUCGUACACAAGGAAGCACACAUGGCACCCCCCAGAACGCAAGAAGAAGUUUUGGAACGCGAACACAAACUCGAGAAGGAAAUCUCUCGCGAUAAACGUACCAUACGAGAGUCGUCAUUGGGCCAAAUCUUAUACCAUCCACAUAUUUGCAGGCUUUUCGAGAUGUGCACCAUGAGUAAUCAUUUUUACAUGCUUUUUGAAUACGUUUCUGGCGGGCAACUUUUGGACUAUAUUAUUCAGCACGGCUCGUUGCGAGAGCGUAACGCUCGCAAAUUCGCCCGGGGUAUCUCCUCCGCUCUACAAUACCUGCACAUGAACAAUAUUGUGCAUCGAGAUUUAAAGAUCGAAAAUAUUAUGAUAUCAACUUCUGGAGAGAUUAAAAUCAUUGACUUUGGUCUGUCGAACAUGUACAACCCCAAGAAACAGUUACACACGUUUUGUGGGUCGCUAUACUUUGCAGCACCUGAGCUUUUGAAGGCAUGCCCCUACACAGGACCUGAGGUAGACGUAUGGUCCUUUGGAGUAGUGUUGUAUGUGUUGGUUUGUGGAAAGGUCCCCUUUGAUGAUGAAAAUUCCAGUGUUCUUCACGAAAAGAUAAAACAAGGAAGAGUUGACUAUCCUCAGCACUUGUCCAUUGAAGUCAUUUCCUUACUUUCCAAGAUGCUCGUUGUUGACCCACAUAAACGUGCAACCUUAAAGCAGGUGGUUAACCACCAGUGGAUGCAAAGGGGCUACGACUUCCCUGCACCUUCGUAUUUACCACAUCGUAUCCCUCUAACGCCGGACGCAUUGGAUUCAGCCGUGAUAAAGGAAAUGUACCGUCUCGAGUUUAUUGAUGAUGUUGUGGAAGCUACUGCAUGGCUCACCCGGAUACUAACAAGUCCCGAGUACGAAAGUCUGCUCAAACAGUUCUGGGCCAACGCUAGUAAGGGAGGUGUACACGAAGAUCCCACCAGAGCUUUCCACCCAUUGCUGUCAAUUUAUCAUUUGGUGGAUGAAACUGUUAAAAGAAAACUCGCCAAGCAGCAAAAAAGAGCCGCUCUUCUGGCUGCAAACCAGGUACCACAGGCAUUGGAUGUACCUACCACUGGGCCUCCCGUCGGUGCUCCGGCUACUCCCGGCGUUACACCUGUAUCAACUCCCGCAAUGGCAGUGCAAACACCACCCCUACAGCAUAAAAAGGAACCAUCCGCUAACGCCAGAUUACCAAAUGUGGUUCCGCCUUUCCCGAUGGUGAGUACCGCAUCCGCCAGCUCUCCUACCAAACCACGGCCAACCGUGAUGAUACCGCCCAAACUCGCAAUUCCAGAACAAGCUCACACGUCUCCUACAGGUAGAAACCCAGUGGACACAGGUUAUGUUCCUACUGACCUUGACGUAGUCCUGUCCCCAACUCCGCAGUCGCAUGAUUAUGAUCAAGCUACAGCCGCUUUGCAGAAGAAGGCCGAAGCGGCACAUACACCUUCGUCACAACCAGUUAGUUCAUCAAACGAUAAAUCUAAAUUUGGUACGAUGUUUAGACGCUUUUCUCAAAAGCGCCAUGGGCAUCAACAGCAGAGUUCACAACCUCAACAGUUGCAGCCACCACCAACUCAACAGCGCCUGGGGCCACAAUCAGUUCCUGGUACAACCAUGAAGAAGACUCAUACAAGAACGGUAUCCGAGAACGUGCCGUUCACCAGGUUCGAGACUCAUGGCGCUCCACCUUUGCCUGAGAGUGUUACCAAUGCAAAACAACACAUGGAAUUACCAGCACUACCGUCCAAUGCCGCAAGCAUGGUCAAGGAUCAACAACUUGCCGCGGAAGGCGUUCAGAGAUUGCAGAUAGCGGGCGAGGACGAACCUGUAUCUCAGCUAAGCGUACCAAAGGGGAGGAAAAUGCAUCCAUCUGCCAGAGCUAAGUCUGUUGGUCAUGCUCGUCGGGAAUCUGUCAAAAUUAUGAGACCUCCCGUCUCUAAUAACAUGGACCAGCAAGUCAUGAAUAUGAAUGACGAGAAGUUUUUGGAGUACGGCAACGAUGGAAAGUCCGACUACAUCAAUAAUGUCGAAGGCCCUUCACAAAGCGACCGGGAUCUCACCGACGAAGAGAUUAUAAGUAUUGCAUCCAAGGCGCCUAUGGGUUCCAUGCCAUCUAUUGAUUACCCUCGCUCUUUGUUUCUCAAAGGGUUUUUCUCUGUCCAAACAACUUCUUCAAAACCUUUGCCAAUUGUAAGAUACAAGAUAAUUUCUGUUUUGAAGAAGCUAAGCAUCGAGUUUAAAGAAGUUAAAGGUGGAUUUGUUUGCCUACACAAACAGUCGUACAUUCCUUCAAGCUCCCAACCGCCGCAGCAACCAGUGAUAGUGGUGAACGAUGCUUCAUCAAUGGGUAGCAACAAUAGCUGGGGGGCAAAUUCUCACAGACGAAACUUUUCUAUCCCAGCUCAGCAAUCCUCUGUAUCCCGUAAUAGCUCACUGCGACGUCAAACAUCCAUGGGUAAAUCUCAGCAACCAGCAAUCGCUGCCACUCCACAAGCCGCCAGCACUCAUGAAAGAAACUUGUCCAUCAUUUCACCUAGCCAUGGAAAUGGUAGCAUACCUGAAGUUUCAAGCGCUUCUUUGGAGUCUUUGAACCAAGAUGAUAUCUUAACAACUUCAAAAGCCCAUAAUUUGAACAAUGCUGAGAACGGCGGAAUCACCAAUAAUUCUAAGGAGAGGCCACCGCUCAAAUUUGAAAUACACAUCGUAAAAGUUCGCAUUGUUGGGCUGGCCGGUAUUCAUUUCAAGAAGGUAUCAGGCAACACUUGGAUGUACAAAGAGUUGGCGUCUCACAUUCUAACGGAACUAAAUUUGUGA